UGACUUUCCAGCUACCGUCGGUGUCUGGAGCCAAGACUUUGGCUACGAGGGUAGACAUGGUCCGGAGCACUGGGGCGAGGAGUACGCUCGCUGCAGUGGCAAGCACCAGAGCCCCAUCAACAUCGACCUGGUAAACGCCGUGGAAAAGCGCUUUCCCAAGCUGGAGUUCUUCAACUUCCACGUGGAGCCCAAGGGCAUUCACAUGUCCAAUAACGGGCACACGGUGCUGGUAAAGAUGACCUUCGACGAGGACAGGAUGCCGACGGUGCGCGGAGGUCCUUUGGCCGAGAGGUCUCCCCUGGGCUACCAGUUCGAGCAGUUCCACUUCCACUGGGGCGAGAACGAUACGAUUGGCAGUGAGGAUCUGAUCGACAACCACGCCUAUCCGGCCGAGAUGCAUGUGGUCCUGAGGAACCUGGAGUAUCCGGACUUUGCCAGUGCCCUCGACAAGGAUCAUGGCAUUGCCGUCAUGGCCUUCUUCUUUCAGGUUAGCCCCACCUCGUCGGAUGGGUAUGAGAAAUUCACAGACCUUCUGCCCCAGAUAGAUAGAAAGGGAAAGUCUGUGAAUAUGAGCAAUCCGCUUCCCUUGAAGGAAUAUGUUUCCAAGAGCAUGGAGAGCUACUUCAGCUACACAGGCUCCCUGACUACACCUCCGUGCAGCGAGGAGGUCACCUGGAUAGACUUUACCUCUCCCAUAGAUAUUACUGAGAAGGAGCUGAAUGCCUUCCGCCUGCUCACCGCCAACGAUGAUCACUUGAAGAACAACUUCCGUCCCAUUCAACCGCUGAACGAUCGUAUUUUAUACAAAAAUCACAUAGAGGUCCCGAAAAAUAAAAUGGGCUCGAUUCCCUUUGUAAAUGCAGAGAACUCUGCUGCCAGCUGGAGGUCCUGGCAAUCCCUCACCCUCAUCCUGGUGCCCUGUUUCGGCCUCGUAACCUUGCUAAGCGCCUCCGCUGUUAGCGCUUUUUAAUUAGAGUUUUGUGGCCGGAAAUCGAAGGUCAAUUGUUAAGUGCCUAGCAUGUGCUUAGCCGUCUAAUUAAGCGCCGCAAUUUACAUGUCCUCCUCUUGUUCGCCUGCACUGUUUGUUGUUCAAACAGGACGACCCCUAAUGCCCCUGGUCGGGCGCACAUAUAUCAACUGGGAAAAGCAAACAAGCAAACAGGUCGGUGGAUUGCUGAAACCAAAUUAACGAAGCUCAGCUGGCACGAUACCCUAACUCAUAAAUUAUGCAGCACCUCUCGCCGAGACUGUCAAGUGCAUUGUAUCCGUUUGGAGGAAGUCCUAUGGCUAGUAGGACUCUACCUGGUUUUGCACAAUGUGAUUUUAAAUGCUUGGCUCAAGCAAUACAGUUUUCUUGUACUUUUAACUUUAGUCUUUGUAGCACUAAAUUAUUGUUAAUUAAUAAAGAUUUUAUUAUAUUUUAAA